CCCCUUCGCUCAUUGCAGCCUCAAGAAUCCACACAAACUCAGGGUAGGGCAGAGAGAGAGAGAGAGAGAGAGAGAGAGAGAGAGAAUGGGAGGGUGGGCUAUCGCGGUGCAUGGUGGCGCUGGUGUCGACCCUAAUCUCCCACUCGAGCGCCAAGAAGAAGCGAAACAACUUCUCACGCGCUGUCUCAAUCUUGGAAUCUCUGCUCUAAAUUCUAAUCUUCCCGCCAUAGAUGUCGUCGAACUUGUGGUGAGGGAAUUGGAAACGGAUCCGCUGUUCAAUUCGGGCCGUGGAUCUGCCCUGACAGAAAAAGGAACGGUGGAGAUGGAGGCUAGCAUCAUGGAUGGUCCAAAACGACGAUGCGGCGCCGUUUCGGGUCUUACCACCGUUAAGAACCCGAUCUCGCUUGCUCGUUUGGUUAUGGACAAAUCCCCGCAUUCCUACCUCGCCUUCUCCGGCGCCGAAGAAUUUGCUAGGCAACAGGGUGUGGAGGUUGUGGACAACGAGUACUUUAUCACACCUGACAACGUUGGCAUGCUCAAGCUGGCAAAGGAAGCAAACACAAUCCUGUUUGAUUACCGAAUCCCAACAUCGGGGUACGAGACGUGCGGAUCCGGUGUGGAGAGUCCACUGCAAAUGAAUGGACUCCCAAUAAGCGUGUACGCGCCCGAAACCGUUGGGUGCGUGGUGGUUGACCGGGAGGGCCGGUGCGCGGCAGCAACAUCCACGGGAGGGCUGAUGAACAAAAUGACCGGGCGCAUCGGUGAUUCGCCGCUGAUAGGCGCCGGGACCUACGCGUGCGACGUGUGCGGCGUAUCGUGCACGGGUGAAGGCGAGGCCAUCAUACGUGGCACGCUGGCGCGUGAGGUGGCAGCGGUGAUGGAAUACAAAGGCUUGAAGCUUCAAGAAGCCGUGGAUUUUGUGAUCAAGCACCGUCUCGAUGAAGGGAUGGCUGGUCUCAUUGCUGUGUCCAACGCUGGGGAAGUGGCUUAUGGUUUCAAUUGCAAUGGCAUGUUUAGGGGCUGUGCCACUGAAAAUGGCUUCAUGGAGGUCGGAAUCUGGGAAUAGCUUCAUUAUUUUCCUUCAUGGUUGUUUCGAUGCAACUUUUGGAUUUCUGUACCAUGUUCCACUGUAGUGUAGGGUCUUUCUGCUGGUGCCCGAUUUAGAUAAAAAAUGGUAACCUUGUUUCUAAGAAUUAGAAAAAAAUGUGAAAUAAUAAUAUGGUAACUUUGUUGUCUUUCUCUUAAAUAAAGACUUGUGGUAGACCCUCAACAAACCCGUGUACCUUUUUACUAUCACUUACUUAACUUCCUUCUCUUUUUCUUCAA